AUGAAGAAUUGUACACAUCCGAACUGUUGUGACCCUAAACAAUGUAGGCUAAAAGGUAAAGCUGCAUGUGGCUCCGGAGAAUGUUGCACAAAUGCUUGCAAGUUGAAACCAGCUAAUACCCUUUGUCGGAAAUCAGUUGAUGAUGAAUGCGACUUUGUUGAGUUUUGCAAUGGAAAGGAUCCGCACUGUGUACCUGACACACAUGCACGAGAUGGACAUCACUGUGAUUCGGGUCAAUCCUACUGUUAUCAAGGAAUUUGUCGUAUUUUUGACAAACAGUGUAAAAGAUUAUUUGGACGUG